AGCUGCAUAGCGCUGAUCUUCCCACUUCAUCUUGAGCUUUACUGCAGCAACAGCUGUUGGUUGAGUGCUCUAAUUGCAAGAAAAAUGAAGGUUAAACAAAUUUUAAUCUUUGCAAUUUUCUGCUGGAUUUGCAGCCUGGCAUCAGGCAGGCCGUACGACUUCGACCCCUGUGCCCCGGUGUGUGGGGAAGGAACCUACAACGUCCCCCACCCAAAGGACUGCACGCUCUACUACACCUGCUCAAACAAACAAGCAACUUUGAAACAGUGUCGCCUAGGACUGUACUACAGUCCUAAGUUUGAAGUGUGCAACCAACCCAUCGACGCUGGCUGUACUGCCAACCCCAACUAUGUUUGUACCGGAGUACCUUCGACCACCAGUCUUCCAACUACCACUACUACUACUUGGGAAUCAACCACCCAAUUUGUGAGUGAAACCACUGCUGAGUUCACGACUACUAGUUUUGAACAAGUCACAACUCAGGACGCUGCAACUACUCAAGAUACACAGGAACCUUCUUCAUCGCAGGAAACUACAACAACGUGGGUUGAGAUAUCCACUACCGAGGUUGAUGAUACAACCACUGAUGUUGCAACAACUGAGGUUGACUAUACUACUCCUGAUGAAACAACUUCAGAAGUUGAUGGUACAACAACUGAUGGUGCAACCACAGAGGUUGACGCUACAAACACCGGUGAACCAGUAACUGAUGAUACAACAACUAGUGCAGGAACAACAGAGGUUAUUGAUACAACCAUUGAUGUAGCAACAACUGAAGUUGGGGAUUUAACCACUGAUGAAGCAACUACAGAAGUAGAAACAACCACUGAUGUAGCAACAACUGAAGUCGGUGAUUCAACCACUGAUGUAGCAACGACUGAAGUCGGUGAUUUAACCACUGAUGUAGCAACAACUGAAGUUGGUGAUUUAACCACUGAUGAAGCAACAACAGAGGUUGAUACAACCACUGAUGAAGCAACAACAGAGGUUGAUACAACCACUGAUGAAGCAACAACAGAGGUUGAUACAACCACCGAUGAAGCAACAACAGGGGUUCAUACCACCACUGAUGAAGCAACAACAGAGGUUGAUACAACCACCGAUGAAGCAACAACAGGGGUUCAUGCCACCACUGAUGAAGCUAUAACUGAGACUGAGAAAACCACUGAGGAUUUAACAACUGAGGUUUCUGAUACCACCUCGGAAAGACCAACAACUGCAAUCGAGGAAACUACCACUGCUACACCCCCCACGACAACCACAGAACCAGAUGUGUGCAUUCCACCAUGCCCAAGCCCCAGCGCUCUAUAUGCUGACCCCAGAAGUUGCAUCAACUAUUUCCAGUGUUCGAAUAACGUCCCAAUCAAAAGGACUUGCUCAAAGGGUCUUGAAUUCAACCCUGAAUUAGGAGUUUGCGAUUAUCCUUCAAAUUUCGUGUGCACUUCUGGACCCGACGCUCCCUGCGUUGCAGUGACCGCCCCACCUAAGCGCUCGUAGGCCAAGAUCAUUUUCGCUAUUAUGUGAUUGAUAAUAGUGAGAAAGAAACUGAAAAUUA